GCCCCACACUGUCUAUAACACUAACCUCCCACUGUGCGCUGCAACCCGACAGGCAUCAGCUGUCAGCGCCAACAGCCAACCGCCAUGAUCCACAGCAUCGAACCCCACGAAGAGCAACUCCGUGCUCACGACUUUGACGACUAGGAACCCCCAAACAACGGUGGACCGCCUUUUUCAGUUUUCACAACAGCAUGACAGAAAUCAUCAUGAGCCAGACUCCUCCGAUCCUUCACGGGCCCUCAGAAAAGGAACGCAAAUAUGACCGACAACUCCGUUUGUGGGCAGCAAACGGCCAGGCAGCUCUCGAGUCAGCGAACAUACUCCUGGUGAACUCGGGGGCGGGGACCGUCGGUGCAGAGACUCUGAAGAAUCUCGUAUUGCCAGGCAUCGGCCGCUUCGCCAUCUACGAUGAGGCUCGAGUCAGUGAGGCCGAUCUGGGGGUCAACUUCUUCCUGGACGACAGCUGCCUGGGAGCUUCUCGGUCUCAGAGCCUGACGGAGCUCAUCCUGGAGCUCAACCCGGAUGUCCAAGGCAGCUGGUAUCCCAAUGAGGACACGAAGACCCUGGACUCACUCCUCACCGACUCCCCGGUGUUCACAGUCAUCAUGUACACGCACCCGAUUCGCCCAGAGCAGCUCUCACGGCUCGAAGCGUAUGGGCAGCAGCACAAGACCCCGCUCGUGGCGAUUCACUCAGCUGGGUUCUACUCCUAUUUCCAGAUUAACCUUCCAGGGGCCUUCCCCAUCGUCGAUACGCAUCCGGACGAGACGGCAACGACUGACCUGCGGUUGCUGAACCCCUGGCCGGAACUGGUGGCCUUUGCCGAGGAGUUGACUAAGGAUAUCGACGGCCUAGACAACUUCGAACAUGGUCACCUGCCGUAUGUGGUGAUCCUUCUCCACUACCUCGAGCAGUGGAAAGCGGCACACGACGGCAAGUACCCCACAGCAUUUAAAGAAAAGGCCGAGUUCCGCAAGAUCGUGCAGGCUGCAGCGAGGACCAAUAACCCGGAAGGUGGCGAGGAGAAUUUCGAGGAAGCGGCUGCUGCCGUUGUCAAAACGGUGGUCCUGCCGUCUCUGCCGUCCGGGUUGAAGGAGGUAUUCGAGUACGAGCACACAGACCCGGCCGAGCAGAGAUCGGGGUUCUGGCUCAUCGCCGACGCCGUGAAGAAGUUCUACGAGGAGCACAAGUGCCUACCCCUUCCUGGCAAGCUGCCCGACAUGAAGGCGCAGUCCAAGGUGUACAUCCAGCUACAAGGAAUCUACAAGGCUAAGGCACGCAAGGACGCCGCCAAGAUACUUCAAAUAGUCCAGGCGUCGCCGGGUGGCGAGCACGUCAAUCCCGCAGAAGUGGAUCUCUUCUGCAAGAAUGCAGCUUUUGUCAAGCUAAUCAAUGCGACGGGGGGAGGGGCCAGCGACAGCAGUAGCGGUGCGAAGAUCAGCAGGGCAGAUCGUUUGAAGGCAGCGGCGGACCGCGAGUUCGCCAACGACGAGACCGCCGCCCUCUCGCUCUCCCCGCUCUCCCUACUACCAAUCUACCUCGCCCUGCAAGCGACAGCCCACGUGGGUCUAUCCACCGCCACCGCUCCCACCACCACCAACUCGGAGUCAGAGGCAGCAGAGACAGCAGCAGCAGCCGAGGCGGAGAAGCAGCAGCAGCAGCAGCAGCAGCAAGAAACAACGCGCGGCUUCACCGCGGAGUCCAUCCUCGCGGCGGUCGCCCAGGCGGUGCCCGGCGUGGAGAAGCGGGAGCGCGUGGUGCAGGCCGCGCGCGAGGUGGCGCGCGCCGCGGGCGGCGAGCUGCACAACGUCGCCGCCCUGACGGGGGGCAUGGUGGCGCAGGAGACCAUCAAGAUCGUGACCAAGCAGUACAUCCCCGCCGACAACACGUGCGUGUACGACGGCGUUGGCGGGAGGGUUCAGGUGCUGCGGCUGUGAUGAUGGGGUGUGGGGAUGGGG